GUCACAAGGAUGUUUUACAAUAAAUAGAUGCUUCAUCUUAGACAGAUGCUAUAGUACAAGCGCACCACCACCACCAUACACUUCCUCGCCUAUUAUAACACAACCAUUUUAUUGUUCAGGUGAGCUAAUUAUCACUGCAAAGAAUAAUCAUGUUUUCAUUGGUUCUUAUUGUAAACAUACGGCUUAUCAUAACUAUUUAAGCAACGUGAAAACCUACCAAAAACUAUAUUCAAUAAGGAUAUUACAUGUGUAUUUAAAAAGACGUGAAGAAUACACAAUGAAAGUGACAGUUUGUGCAACACUCGUCCUUCUAUUCGGCUAUUCUGUCUCAGACGAAGCUUCCUGUUCAUGUGAGGAUUUGAAACUUGAUGAAAGGAAAAGUGGGGAAUAUUCGUUCUACAAUAGCCGUGGCGAGCAAUACAAAGUGUUUUGCGAAUUUCACGGAAACUAUGGCUACACAUUUAUAUCCAAAGAAGACGCUGCAAAGGCCGAUUUCGGACGUCUUGGACAAUCUCAUUCCCAAGUGUUAGUAAGGCAUCUGCGCGCAAAUGGUCACCAGUAUGAUACUGUAAUGAAGCAGAUCUCUUCACAUUCUUCUGUACCACUUAAUGUGCAGUACAAUUCAAAUGUUGGUUAUGCCAGACCCUUAAAUCAUGCAACAAUGGGUCCUUACAUAUAUCUUGGAUUCUUACCAGCAUCUAUUGCUAGAAGCAAAACUAAACAGGGAUACAGAGCCAACGAUGUCGACUACACUUUCACAAACUGUGAUUCAAAUCCAAAUAGCUACUUGGCUUUCUUUGUCAAUCCUAACAACAACGAUCCAAAUGGUUAUUACAAGCGAUGUUGCUAUACUAAACUAAUGAGUGAUUGGAUCGAUGUGGGUAAAAAAGCUUCGAAAUAUCUUCCAUGUAAUUACUUCUACCAGUUUGAGAUGCACAUGGGCGGCUGUGGUGGAUACGCUAUCAACGGCUACAACACCUUGAAUGACAUAGUUGGUGCAGCAUUAGGAUUUCGCUUUGAGGAUAAUCUUGCCAAACUAUUUAAGCAGCGUGAAAAUCACCGAGAAAUUGUAUUCUAUAAGGAUAAUACAAGUGUACAGGAAGAAUACACAAUGAAGGUAACAGUUAUUGCAUCACUCGUCCUUCUAUUCAACUAUUCUGGAGUAUCAGACGGAGCUUCCAGCCCGUGUCAGAAUUUGAAGCUCAAUGAAAUGAAAAGCGGGGAAUAUUCAUUCUACAAUAGACGAGGUGAGCAAUACAAAGUGUAUUGCGAUUUUCGUCAUAACUAUGGCUACACUUUUAUAUCCAUACAAAACACUGCAAAGGUAGAUUUCAAACGCCUCGGACAAUCACAUUCACAUGUGUUAGUAAGGCAUUUGCGCUCAAAUGGUCAUCAGUAUGAUACUGUAAUGAAGCAGAUCUCUUCGCAUUCGUCCGUACCACUAAGUGUGCAGUACAACUUAAACGUUGGUUAUCCCAGACCAAUAAAUCAUGCAACAAUGGGUUCAUAUAUAUAUCUUGGAUUCUUACCAAUAUCCAUCGCUAAAAGCAAAACUAAACAGGGAUACAGAGCCAACGAUGUCGACUACAUUUUUACAAACUGUGAUGCAAAUCCAAAUAGCUACUUGGCAUUCUUUGUCAAUCCUAACAACAACGAUCCAAAUGGUAAUUACAAGCGAUGUUGCUAUACUAAAUUAAUGAGAAAUUGGAUCGAUGUGGGUAAAAGAGCUUCGAAAUAUCUUCCACGUAAUUACUUCUACCAGUUUGAAAUGCACAUGGGCGGCUGUGGUGGAUACGCUAUAAACGGCUACAACACUUUGAAUGACAUAGUUGGUGCAGCAUUAGGAUUUCGCUUCGAAAUCCCGAUGGUUUAACACGCAAGAACUUAACAAGAAUAAAUUGAAUGAAAUAUACAUGUAUACCAAGUGGUCAAACUUCAUUCGAACUCUUCAGAAAGUUGUUUUCGACUUUCUCCAAUAUUUGCUUAAACAUUAACUAUUUAAUCUUUUUUGUUUAUCGACUUAGAAAGCAAAACUGAGCAACAUAAUUACUAAUACAUGAUACGUGCGUUAUUAAUAGCCUAACUGUGUUUAUUAUUGGGUAAAUAUUUGAUUAAGGGAAUUAAUAAGAACAUAUUUUGCAUGUAACAUGUCGAUAAAUGAUUUACAUUAUAUAAAGGUUUGAACAAUUCCGCAUUUCCUAAACUGUUCAUAUAAAAUAUUUUGCUUUUUAUCUUUCUUCGUUUAUCUGGAGGCGCUUUAAACGCAUAACUCUGACUGUAUAUGUAUCUUGUACAAAAAGGAGUUUAAAAGAAAAGCUAUCAAUUAUAAAAAAUACAUCUUC